UGAGCGGCACCAAGCCCAGCUCCGCCAACUCGCUCCCGGCACUAUGGAGAGCAGAACGUCGCACCUUAUCGUCUUCUCUUGGCGCCAAUGGCGCUCAGCCUCUUGAACCCUGCUCCCUCCAGGAUUGCACUCAAAGCCGCAGGCCCGCCACCCUUGAGCCGCUCAUUUCUCCUCUUGACGCCGCGCCUGCCUGCUCUCCUCCUCCGCAGUCGUCCGCCGGGGCGCGUCCAGUCCUCGUCGGCAGCGGCACCGUCCGCUCCGACGGACGGCUCCCCGACGCCGCCGUCGUCGAGGGAGGAGGCGGUCGCGCAGGCCAGGUCCUGCCUCGCCACGGCGCUGCGCAAGCCGCUCAACAACUCGCUCCCGGCGCGGAAGGGCAAGAAGCAGCAGCGGCAGCCCCGGUUCCGCGCCGAGAUCCCCGUCGUCGACGACUCGCCGGGCUCCCUCGCGCGCCUCGCCUUCGACGUCUUCUCUGGCCUCGGCGUGUCCCGGAAGGGCUCGCCGGCGAGGCUGCUCCUCGUCUGGCCCUCCGCCGGGGACCUGGCGGUGGCCGUGCGCGAGUUCGAGAGCUGGGGAGACUCGUCCGCGCUGGCGCACGCGCAGCUGGACUCGGUGGCGCCGGACGCGCUGGGCGCCUGCGACGCCGCCGUGUUCAUUGCUCCCGGGCGGCCGCAGGUGGAGAAGCUGCGCGCGGCCGUCAACGCGCUGGACCCCAAGCCGGCGGUGCUGUUCAACCCGGGGUGGACCUACGAGGUGGAGGAGGAAGGGUUCGGCGGCAUCGCCAAGGGCUUCGUGGGCUCCUUCAACGUGGUGUACUCCUUCAUGGGGCUGGAGGUGAAGGGGCUGCUGAGCAAGAAGAAGGGCGUGCUGCUCCGGUGCGUCGAGGGCGGGAGGUUCGGCGGCGAGAGCUGGGUGCUCAUGAUGGAGGACGAGGAGAAGGAGCCGGAGUUGAAGGUGGUGUCACGGAUGAAGCGCCGGCCGACGACCGGCGAGGUGGAGAACAUGAUGUACAACCUCAUGGCCGCCAACUCGCCGGUGACCAAGUCGGCCAGGUUCCUCAGGGAGCUCGUGUCCAACGUCACGGGAAGGAAGGGGAAGGAGUGAGAUUGGUCACCUUGGACUCGUGCGUUCGCGGCGUCUUCUGAGUUUCCUUGUUAUGCUGCGCCAUUGCCUGAAACUCUGAAAAUGGGUGGUGCUGCAGCAACAUGUUUGGUUUUGUAAAUCCGGGCUUCAUUUGCACAGCAUCUCCAGUGGAUCAUGGAAGUUUCGGUUGCCGGCAAAUGGCAAAAAUCAGGUGUUUAAAAGCUUUA